AACAUCCUGUGAGCUUCUGAUCAGAAGAGAGGAAACUUAUUCAGAAUCUCAUUUACUCUUGUAAUGACAUUCACAAUUAAGACUUAAGGUCACUGGAUAACUUUUUUAAGAAUUCUCCUUGGGAAUAUUUAGACCCAAGCUCUUCAUACACACUGCAGCAUCAGCAGAGGGCUUGCCAGCUUGCUCAGGUCAACAAUGGAAAAUAUCUCCAACUUGACUGAUGGAGGUGAUUACUUCGAUGAUGGGCUUGUUUUUCUUUGUGAGUAUUUUGACAUUUCGACCGUGGAAGCAGCCUUCUUCGUCCUCAUCUUCAUCAUCAGCGUCAUAGGCAACAGUCUCCUCAUCUGCGUUCUUGUUCUAUAUGAAAAACUGAAAAAUGUCACGAAUCUAUUCGUCUUUAACCUGGCCUGCUCUGACUUGAUCUUCACUGCCACACUCCCGUUCUGGGCUGUCUAUUAUCUUCAACACUGGAUCUUCGGGGACUUUAUGUGCAAAUUCAUGGCUGCAGCAUACUUUGUUGGUCUGUACAGCAGUGUCAUUUUACUGACUGCCAUGACUGUGGAUCGUUUUGUCACUGUGGUGUUACAUAACUGGCCAAUCAAUAAUUUGAAGAGACAGAGGUGUGCGACUGGAGCCUGCGUAGGUGCCUGGAUCAUCAGUGUUGCUGCAUCCCUGAGUGAUGCUAUGAAGAUGCAAGUGUAUGAAGAAGACAUGUAUUACUACUGUGAACCUCCCGGUAUAGUUGAGCUGGGAGAUUACUUCUUAUUACCACUGCUCUUCUUCCUCCCAUUUGCCAUUGUUAUUUUCUCUUACUGUGCCAUCAUCAGGACAGUUUUGCGGGCUUCAAACAGAAAAAGGCACAGGGCGGUAGCAAUGGUGCUGUUCAUUGUUGCAGCUUUCUUCAUCUGCUGGGGACCAUACAAUACUUUACUUUUCAUCAAGCUGUUUCAUGAAUCCGAAGUGUGUGAGACAGAAGAACGACUGGUAAUGGUCUUUAAAAUUUGUCGUAUAUUUGCCUUUUCUCACUGUUGUAUGAACCCACUGCUUUAUAUGCUGUCACAAAAAUUACGAAAACAUCUAUUGCAGCUUUUGUACUGUAAAACUGUAUGGAGGAGCAAUGAGAGAAGCACCGUUCAGACCAACACCGUUAUUCAGAAUGUGGUGUUCACAGCACACAACUCAGCUGUUAUGUUAGACGACAAAUAGAGAACUGCUCUUUAGAGGAAGCAUUGGUUCGAUGUCGCAAUACUGUUAUUCAAUAUAUUUUCCUCUGUUAUGUAUUUAUGUUAUGACUAUAUGGGUGAGAGUAAGAGUGAUGUAAAGUAUGUUUGUUUGUAAAAUAAUUUAAUAAAGUAUGUAUGUUUGUUGAUA